AUGAUCAUGUUGCAUUCUUUGAAUGUUUUGGAUCAAAUUGGAUCUUCUACAUCAAGUGCGAUGCAUCAAGCAUUCACAUUAACUUGGGGUAUUGAAAUGCUCCAUUCUUAUGAUCUUUUGGAAGAUAUAAAACAUAGAGAACAUAUCGGAAAUAAAUCCAACACUGACACUGACUAUGCGAAUCUACUUCGAAGCUUCUUAUAUGCCAUGCUAGAAGAUAACUGUUCAAAUAAUUUUGUUCAGUUGUUUAAUAAGGGGUUUCUGUUUAUUUCUCUAGGGAAAUACAUAGCAAAUGAUAUAUCAAGUAAAGGAAAAAUUGAAAAAUAUUCCAACUUUAAUAUGAAUACUUAUGAGCUGCUAUGCGAGUAUAAAACAGCCUUUAAUACUUAUAAAUUACCAUUAAUCAUAGCGUCGCAACUCUCAAGGCAAUCGAAGAUACAUAAUCAUAUAGAUAAAAUUGGCACAGAUCUAGGGAAAUUGUAUCAAAUAAAGAACGAAUACGAAGAUUGUUUCGGUGGAGAAUCAAAGACUUACAGAUCUGCAGGCGUGAAUAUUCAACAGGGUAAAUGCACGUGGUUAGCGGUCACUGCGUUGCAGCGCUGCACAGCAGCACAGCGUAUAGUGUUCAACACGUGCUACGGUAGCAACGAGCCAGCACACGUGGAACGUAUCAAAUCGCUUUACGAGCGUCUCAAUAUACCCCAACUUUACCGCGAAACGGAGGGUGCUUUGAAUGAAAGUAUUAUGCAAAGGGCUGAAACCGCUGGUGUGCCUUUAGAAUUGUUUUCAUCUUUGCUUGAAACUUUAAACGUUGAAUAAUGUCGA